AUGGCUGCUGUAAUAUUAGCAGUUCGAGACAAGAAAAUGGGCUAUUUAAAGGCAGCAAAAACUUAUAAUGUACCCAGAACCACCUUAUUUCGACUUGUUCAAGAAAAUGACAGUUUGUUAGAAGAUACUCUGACCAAAAAGAUAGGUCGCAGACCAGUAUUUAAUAAGGUUUUUGAGGAAAUGUUGGUGAAAUAUGCCCUUGUUAUGGAACAAAAAUUAUAUGGUUUGACUCGAAUGGAUAUGAGAAGGAUAGCAUAUCAACUUGCUGUUAAAAAUAAUGUGCCCCAUCCAUUCCAUGACGACAGAGCUGGCAGAUACUGGCUCAAAGGAUUUCUUGCGAGGCACAAGCAAACUUUAUCAAUACGCAAGCCCACUGGAACACCUUUUGCUAGAGCCAAUGGAUUUACAAAAUCAAGAAUGGACGAGUUUUAUCAAAAUCUUGAGAAAGUUUAUGACGAAAAAAAGUUCACGGCUAGUAGGAUUUUUAAUGUUGACGAAACAGGACUGUCAAUUGUACAAAGCAAAUAUCCCAAAGUGAUUGGUCGCCGAGUAAAAAAGCAAAUUGGAGCUAUGUUGUCUACUGAAAGGGGAACUCUCAUAACAGUGAUGACCUGUAUGAGUCCAGCUGGUAUAUUUGUACCGCCAAUGAUGAUUUUCCCGCGCAAAAAUAAUAGCGACCUAUUAAAGAAAGGCUCUCCUGAGGGUUCUAUUAUCCGAGUACAUCCUUCUGGCUGUAUACAAACACAUUUAUUCACGCAGUGGUUUGAACAUUUUAUCGAUUAUGUAAAGCCGUCCGAAUCCUCACCAGUUCUCCUCUUAUUUGACGGUCAUUUCAGCCACACAAAGAAUAUCGAGCUCAUAGAUAAAGCUAGACAGAAUCAUGUGACUUUGAUUUCACUGCCGCCACAUUGCACACAUAAGAUCCAGCCCAUGGAUAAAGCAUUCAUGGGGCCACUAAAAAGUUACUACUACAGUGAAGAAAUUCUUAUGUGGUUGCGCGAAAACAAUAGACCACUUACUGCCUACGAUAUUUCAGAGUUAUUUGGCAAAGCUUAUCUAAAAUGCCAGACUGGUGAAAUUGCAGCAAAUGGCUUUGGAGUUGGUGGCAUUUAUCCAUUAAAUACAAAUAUUUUCACGGAAUCUGACUAUCUCGCAGCAGCACAAGAAUCAGCGGAUGGCAUUGCUGAAAACGAACAAGAAGCACGUAGUCCUAUCGCUGCAAGUCCACAAGUCAUAAAUGAAGCUGGAAAUCAUUCACCAACCCUAUUACAAGGUUUCGAUGACAGUCAUGUUGAUGUUUCGUCAGAUAGCAGACAACAGUCAAAUGAAAUUGUGUCGGAAACAGAUCCUCCAUCAGUAAACCUUCCUGAUAUUGCCAUGCGAGAAGAACAAGAAAAAGAAAAUCUUCCUGGACCUUCUCGUAGUAACCCCAUUGUGACACCGUUUCAAAUCUCACCAGUUCCUACUUCCAAAUAUCGGUCAUCAAAUCGAGGUCGUAAGCCAGGUAAAUCUGAAAUAAUUUCUAGCUCACCCUACAAAAAGCAAUUGGAAGAAGCAAUAAACAAAAAAAAAACUGAAAAAAAACCAUUUGAAAAUGAGUAUAAAAAUAGAAACAAAGAAAAGAAAACAAAGAGAAAUUUAAAAGGGAAAGGAAAGGGAAAAGGGAAAAGUUCCAUAUCAACCAAAAGAAAGAUAUUUCCAGAAAAAGACACAGAGUCUGAUAGUGAUGAUACAUUCGCAUCUGAUGAAUCAGAAGAAGAUAUACCCUCUUAUGCUAAUGUGGGACAACCUACAGGAAAUGACUGUAUUUGUUUUUUCUGUAAUGGAAAAUUUACCGAAGAUCAAAGGGGAGAACAAUGGGUGCAAUGCUUCACAUGCGAAGGCUGGGUGCACAGCGAAUGUGCUGGUUAUGAUUCGGGUUGCUAUGUUUGUGAUUACUGCAAAGACUAG